AUGAAACCAAAGCGAGUAGGAAAAGCAAGAAAGAAGCGUCCAAUGCCAUUAAAUGUGUCAAAUUUAAUUUUGAACAAGAACAUCAAGACAGAAACGGAACUUCACACACUUGCACAAGAACAGCGGGAACAGGGAAAGACAGAUCUUGUUGAGUUUAUUUUAAAUAGGUCACCUAAAACGCUAGCAGACAUACUUAGCACGACAUGGCAGAUGAAAGGGGCGCGAGAAAAGAUUGCACAAUCUAAGAAGAGUUGCAUGGAUCUCCUUCAAGAAGCUUCAAACUCAGCUUGUGUUUCUGGAUGCAAUGGUGAUUGGCUGCAGUGUGCAAAUGAG